UAUUGAACGCAUGUUGAUGGCCGGCCGGCCCUUUUGAACAUACAAUGGCUCUUCGUGCUGGUCUCAGAUUGUUGAUUGGUUGUGGAGCUGUAAGCAGACGGCAGGUUAUCAGAAGCUUCUGCCUGGUGCACAGGAUACAGGCUGCCAGUUCUGGUACAAAUCAUGGCAGUCCCAAAACUCCAGAUUUGAGCAGCUUUGUUUCUCGGUCACACACAUGUGGAGAAUUGAACGCAGCUCACGUGGGUCAGGAAGUCACGUUGUGCGGCUGGCUUCAGUAUCAGAGAGGAGAUAUGUUUCUUAUACUGAGGGAUUUCCAUGGACUGACGCAGGUUAUUCUCCCAGAGGAGGAGCAUGGCACUGAGGUGAGGAAUCAGAUGAAAAGGACCCCUUUAGAGUCCGUGCUCCUGGUAAAGGGAACAGUCAUAGCCCGCCCGUCUGGCCAGGAGAAUCCUAAUAUGCCCACAGGAGCCAUUGAAGUUCAGGUGAAGGAAGUGCAGAUCCUGAACCCCUGCAGACCGCUGCCCUUUGAGAUUAAAGACUUUGUGAAGAAAUCAGAAACUUUGAGAAUGCAAUACCGUUAUCUGGACAUUCGCAGUGCCCGGCUCCAGUACAACCUCAGAAUAAGGUCCAAGAUGGUGAUGAAGAUGAGAGAAUAUCUGUGUAACCAGCAUGGAUUUGUGGACGUUGAAACACCAACUUUGUUUAAAAGAACCCCGGGGGGUGCUAAAGAAUUUGUGGUGCCAACCCAGGAGCAUGGCAAAUUUUACUCUUUGCCUCAGAGCCCUCAGCAGUUCAAACAACUUCUUAUGGUUGGUGGACUGGACAGAUACUUCCAGAUUGCCCGUUGUUAUAGGGAUGAAGGAUCCAGACCAGACCGGCAGCCUGAAUUUACACAGGUUGACAUAGAAAUGUCCUUCGUAGAUCAGUUUGGGAUACGGCAGCUGGUGGAGGGAUUAUUGCGAUAUUCCUGGCCGGAAGACAAAGGAACCCUUCCCAAUCCAUUCCCUGUGAUGACGUAUGCAGAGGCCAUGAGCAGUUACGGUGUGGAUAAACCUGACACGCGCUUUGAGAUGAAGAUCACUGAUGUAACUGCACAGAUGAGGACAGUACAGCUGGGAUUUGUGCAAGAAGCACUUGGAGAACCCCAUGGAUGUGUGAAAGCCAUCAGAGUACCUGAGGGAGCGAAACAUCUUAAGGGUAAAGUUCUGGAUUCCAUGUUGGAGAAGAUCAAAGAGCAGUUCGGACAGAACGUUCUGGCCAUUGCUGUGAGAUCAGAUGGCUCUUGGAAGACGUCUCUUGUCAAAUAUUUGAAUGAAGAGCAAAAGUUGAAUCUUGCUGGUAUCACUGAGGCAAAAGCUGAAGAUCUCCUCCUAGUGGCUGCAGGGCAGCAGGACACAGUGUGCACCGCCUUAGGAAAGCUGCGUUUGGAUGUAGCCUCUAGGCUGGAGGAAUGUGGGGUAUCUCUCCGUGACCCCAAUAUUUUCCAUUUCUUAUGGGUGGUUGACUUUCCACUUUUUCUUCCCAAAGAAGACAAUGUAGAAGAGCUAGAAUCUGCUCAUCAUCCAUUCACAGCUCCUCAACCAGAGGACAUGGACCUUCUGUAUACUGAGCCAGCCAAGGUACGCGGCCAGCACUAUGACCUGGUCUUAAAUGGUAAUGAAAUUGGAGGUGGCUCUAUCCGCAUUCACAGUGCAGAACUGCAGCGCUGGGUCCUCCAGGAUGUUUUAAAGGAAGAUGUUGGUCUUUUGUCUCACCUCUUGGAGGCUCUGGAAUCAGGAGCACCGCCUCAUGGUGGAAUCGCAUUAGGACUGGAUCGUCUGAUUUCCAUUAUAGUUGGAGCACCAAGCAUACGUGACGUUAUUGCCUUUCCAAAAUCAUUCCGGGGUCACGACCUUAUGAGCAACGCACCAGAUUAUGUUUCUGCUGAAGAACUGAAGCCUUAUCACAUACAGGUUACAGACAAGUGAAUGUGGAUCACUGACACGAGUGUCCUAUGUAUUGGGCUGAGUGGUCUGUGGUACUGUA